AUGGCGGUUGAUAUUGUCCGGUUCACAGUGUCUUCAUUUGUUUUAAUUAUGUGCCUGUUGAAGCUUACAACAAAUUAUGCAGAAGGAUUUAAGGAGCACUCACGAGCUCAGUACUAUAUUUUUAUCAUCGGCAUUUACAUUUGGGAGGUCGUUCUUGUUAUAAUACCUUCUACUCGAAUCUUCCCAAGAAUACGAAGGCACCUCACAGCUUCAGGAGGCAAAUACGAUGUCUUCUUGAGUUUCAGAGGCCCCGACAUUCGCCUAACCUUCAACGAUCACCUAUACACCAAUCUUGACAGCGCAGGAGUUCGCACCUUUCGUGACAACAACGAGCUUCGCAAAGGAGUAGAGUUCGGCCCUGAACUCCUCAAAGCAAUCACAAAGUCUAGAAUCUCCUUCCCAAUAUUCACCAAGGGUUAUGCUUCCAGUAAAUGGUGCCUCCGUGAGCUUGCUCAGAUGGUGAAGUGCAAGGGACAAUUGAUUCUGCCCAUCUUCUAUGACGUCCAACCAUCUGCGAUUCGGCAUCAAUCUGGGGAUAGUGAUGCUGGGAGAACUUACGAGGAGGCCUUCCGUGAGCACGAGAGCCAUUCCGAUGGAAAAACUGUUACAGAAUGGAGGGAGGCAAUGACAAAGAUUGGAGAACUCGAUGGUUGGGAAGUCAAGAAAGAAGCCGACGGGCAUCAAGGACAACUAAUAAAGAUGAUUGUUCAAAGAGUGUUGAUUGAGUUAAAGAGGAACGACAUGCUUCUUGCAGACACUCUUAAAUGGUACCCAGACAUUGCUGAUGCUAAUAGUGGAAUCAAUGCUAUUCAAAACCGAUUUCGUGGGACGAAAGUUCUCACUGUGCUUGAUGAUUUGAAUGAGAAGUCUCAAUUUGAUUGGCUUGUGAGAAACCUUGAUUGGUUCGGUCUAGGAACUAGGAUCAUAGUUACAACUAGAGACAAGAAAGUCCUAAUUGAUCUGGGAGCUAACCCUUAUGAACCCCCAGAUAUGAACCUUGUGCAAUCUGUCGAACUUCUUAGCUUUCAUGCUUUCAGAAUGAAGUUUCCUCCAAUAGGCUAUGAGAAGAUCUCUAAUGAUAUUGCAUCGACUACAGGAGGGCUUCCUCUAGCUCUGGAGGUUAUAGGUUCAUUUUUGUUUGGCAAGAACGACAUACAAAUCUGGGAAGAGACAUUGAAGAAGUUGAAGAUAAUGCCAGACGAUAAAGUCCAAAAAGCUUUGAGAAUAAGUUAUGAUGGGUUGAACCCUGAGCAACAAAAAAUAUUUCUUGAUAUUGCAUGUCUUUUUAUUGGAAUGGAUAAAACAUAUCCAUUUUACAUGUGGGAUGAUUGUGACUAUUUCCGAAAGAGGGAAAUUGAUGUUCUCUAUCUCUUGUCUCUGGUAAAAAUAGAAAAUGAUAACUUGUCGAGGAUGCAUCUUAGAGAUUUUGGUAGAGAAAUGGUCGGUCAAAAAGAUGAUAUAAAUCCAAGAGGACGUAGCAGAUUGUGGAAUCAAGCCGAAGCAAAAAAUGGAACUGAAAAAGUUGAAGUGCUAAAUCUUCAUGAUAUUAGAAAAAAGUCUCCAAGUCAUCCUGACAGUAGAGACAUGUCUGAACCUUGCUUCACACCGAAAACAUUCAAGAAACUAUCUUAUCUUAGGUAUCUCUGUGUAGAGGGCGCAGAAUUUGUUGGGGAUUUUAAGCAUUGUCUGUCACGGUUAAGAUGGUUUUGCUGGAAAGAUUGCCCUUCCAAUUUUGAAGCAACCAAUUUUCAUAUGAAGAAUUUAGUCAUUCUUGAUCUAUCAUCUAGUUUGGGCCCAUCAGAAGAGUGGAAUGGUUGGAGUCAAAUCAUGAUGUCAAAUAAAUUGAAAGUUUUAAAUCUCUCAAAUUGUGGGUUGAGGAGGACUCCCAACUUUUCAACCUAUACAACUUUAGAGAUAUUGAAUCUCAUGAACUGUGGAGCAUUGGAUGAAAUUGAUCCAUCCAUUGGUACUUUGAAGAAUCUGGAAGUGCUCAGUCUUAACUAUACAGCGAUAAGGAGCUUGCCUGAUGGGUUAGGGGCGUUAGAGAAACUGGAAGUUCUGGAUGCCUCAUUUUGUCGUAAUUUGAGGGGUGACAUUCCUAGUUGUAUUGGGAGAUUAUCAUAUUUGAGAGAAUUGAGGCUUUCUCGAACCAAAAUUCAAAGCCUACCAACAAACAUUUGUGAUCUCCUUUGCCUCCAAACCCUCGACUUAGAUGACUGCGAUAAUCUCCAAGCACUGCCAGACCCGCCCUCAAGUUUAGAAAUUCUGAAUGUCACUUCGCUCUUGGAUAGAAACUUUAGUGUUAUCCCUAAUCUUGCAAAUCUAGUUAAUCUACAGGAACUGCGGUUUUCUUGGAGCAUUAGCACCCUACCCAAACAGAUUGACGCCCUUUCUCAGCUCAAAAUCCUCACUAUACGAGCAUGUAGAAAUCUUCAAUGUAUAUUGGGUUUACCUCUCAAUCUGGUUGAAUUAUAUAUUGGGUAUUGUGGGUUAUUAGAAAACUUGCCGGAUCUGUCAAAUUUUAAAUUUUUGUUGAAAUUGGAGUUUGAGAGAUGCUGGAAGCUGACAGAGAUUCAGGAGCUUGGAAAAUUACAAUCAUUGACUAGUUUGAAAAUAGAUGAGUGUUUGAAUCUGACAGAGAUUCAAGGAGUUGGAAAUCUAGAAUCGCUAUCAAGCUUAAAUAUAUCUCGGUGCAAUGAAGUAACUGAACUUGAUUUGCUUGAAUGUGUGGCAUCUGUAGCGAUGAGUGUGCUCAAAUACUUCAAAAUUAAACCACAUCGGUCUAACUUAAACAAGUUAAAAAGAUUAGAAGUUUUUAAUUGCACGAAUCUCAACAAGAUCCAAGGUCUAGAUAGACUUGUAUCAUUGGAAUAUUUGGAUGUGGGGUGUUGCGGAUCCAUAGUAAGAUUACCCAAUCUGUCAAACUUUAAAAUGUUGAGACGCUUGGAAAUUAGUGGGUGCAGCAAUUUACGUGAAAUUGAGGGCCUUGAGAACUUGGAAGCGUUGGAGAAAGUGGGCAUGUGGAGUUGCUCAUCGCUGGAAGAAGUACGGUAUCGGCCAAGCACAGAUAUUGAGUUGCUUUACCAACACGGAAUAUUAAAGAUAGGUGGAUGA